UGAAGGUAGAGGAUGAAUAAUGGAUUUUAUUAUAAAAACUGAUCGACGAGCUACUUUAUCCUAUCAAUUUUUCUUUUAAAAAAUCGUAGUUGACCUUGUUUUUUUCUAGAUCAGUUUAGAGAAAUAAUCACGAAUUAAUUAAAAGAUGAUUACAUUCAAAUGAAAUACUGAUAGAGAUCAUUAACAGUCGGAAACAUUCUCUCUUAUAAAAAGACAUUUUUUUAUUUCCUAAUUUAAAAAAAUGAAGCGAUCCAGGUCGGAACAUUCAAAAUGGAACGUGAUCAGCAAUUUGCUGGGUAAAAAAGCUUCACACCUAAAAACUUCGAAAAGCCAAAUAUUUCAAGGUCGGCCUGAUAAGGACACUAAAAGAUUAAAAACUAAUCAUGAAUCAGAAACCUAUUAUCCAAAUUGUGAUGCAUCUGUGUGGACAAGAUCUUGUGAACAUGAAGUAAUCGAAGCCAUUGAUGGAAAAAUUACUGGAAAAAUUCCAAAAUGGCUGAAGGGAACUUUGCUAAGAAAUGGUCCCGGAAGUCUCAAAGUUGGGGAAUACACGUUCGAUCAUCUAUUUGAUAGUUCUGCACUCCUGCACAGAUUUGGAAUUGAUGAUGGAAAAGUAACAUAUCAACGAAGGUUUAUACAAACUGAAGUAUUUAAAAAAAAUCAAGCUGCACAGAGAAUAGUUAUAACAGAAUUUGGAACAAAAUCAGUGCCAGACCCUUGUCAAACAAUUUUUCAAAGGAUUUCAGCAGCAUUCACUCCUGCAAAUACUUCUGACAAUUCUAUGAUUUCGGUUUAUCCAUUUGGUGAUGAAUUUUAUACAUUCACAGAAUCCCCCAUUAUUCAUCGCAUUGAUCCCAAAACACUUGAAACAUUGGGAAAGGUAAAUGUAUCAAAACAUGUUGCAAUAGUUAGUCAUACGUCUCAUCCCCAUAUAAUGGAAGAUGGAACAAUUUACAAUUUGGGAAUGAGUAUUUCAUCACGAGGUCCAGUCUUCACUAUUGUCUCGUUUUCACCAAGUAAAAAUAUCAAGGGUGAUUCAGGAGAAAAUAAAAAAUCCUCUAUGUUUGAUAACGCUACUAUUGAGGCAACUCUACCAUCGAGAUGGGUCUUAAACCCUUCAUACAUGCAUACUUUUGGUAUUACGGAAAACUAUUUUAUUAUUGUGGAACAACCAUUAUCUGUCGCAUUAGUAACAAUGGCAAAAUGUCGAAUAAGAAAUGAACCCAUGUGUACUUCUCUAAAAUGGCACGAUGACGAAAGUACUCAAAUUCACGUGAUCUCUAGAAAAACUGGAAAAGUUUUUAAGACUUUUACAGCUGAGACAUUUUUUUAUUUACACAUUAUCAACCAAUUUGAAACUUCUGAUAAGGAUUAUGUGGUUUUGGAUAUCUGUGCAUAUCGAGAUGCAACAAUGCUAGAUUGCAUGUACAUUGAGGUCAUAAAGGAUAUGCAAAAAAAUCCUGAUUAUGCAAAUCUGUUUCGUGGAAGGCCCUUGCGUUUUGUGCUACCAAUGAAAGAUCCACCUAUCAAUACACCAACAGAAGAAAAUUUAAUAAAAAUCAAAACAGUCAAUCAAUUGGUGAUUGAAAAACCAAGACAGAAUGAAACUUUAAAUGAAAAUAAUGUUGAAAGUCUUCUUGAAAGGAAAGCAAGUGCUCAUAGAUUACCAAAUGGGAAUAUUUUUGUGAAACCCGAACUUUUGUGUAAUCUUGGACUGGAAACUCCUCGAAUUAAUUACGAUUAUUAUUUGGGAAAAGAGUAUCGAUACUUUUAUGGAAUAUCCAGUGAUGUGGAUAUUGAAAAUCCAGGCACGCUCAUUAAAGUCGACGCAAUAAACAAAACCAGAAAAACUUGGUGCGAGAAAGGUAUUUACCCAAGUGAACCAAUUUUUGUUCCAAAUCCAAAUUCAAAGAAUGAAGAUGAUGGAGUUAUUCUGAGCUCUUUGGUUUGGGGACAAGGUCGAGAAACGGAAGUUGGCCUUUUGAUUCUUGACGCUUCCACUUUGGAGGAAAUUGGACGUGCCACAUUUGUCACUCCUGGUCCUGUGCCAAAAUGUCUCCAUGGCUGGUUUAGUUUUAAUGUAUGAAAAACGUCAUGAAUUCCACUAAAAUUAUUAUGUCUUGAUCAAAAUAUUUUGUCUUAAAUUUCAAUGGGGAAAACCUUUGACAUUUCUUUUAAUUGACACUUUCAUUCGUAAUAAGCUCAUCACGUCUUUCAAUCCCGGUUAGAUUAGGUGGUAGCGCUAUAACCGUAUGUUUGAAAUUUUUUUGAUGAACUUUUUUGUAUUGCAAUUGUCUAUGCAAUUUUUUAAUACUAACAGAACAUUUACUAUUUAUUUAAAUAAAUCUAGAAAAGUCAGAACUUCUAUUUUAAAUAAAUUCUGGGAGUGGCCGUGGCAAAGGUUUCAAACCCCAUUUUUUCAUAUGUAAAGAAAUAGUUAGGAAUUAAUAUUUUGGUUUUAUUAAAAUAAAUUUUAUAUUAAAUUGCAAUCAGAAAAUUCCUGCUUGCUUCAGGAAUCGAGCUGGGAUUUUCCGCUUACAAAAUUGUAGCUCUACCGCCUGAUCUAGCCAGGAGUUAAAAUACUUGUUUGGCGAUCUAUGUAACAUUUGCAAUGUGAGGUUUGAAAUGACUUUUUUUUAUUCGAACAUUUAUUAACGUUUAUGUUAUUGAUUAAAUGACUUCUCUUAUUAAAAAAAAACAAUUAAUUUUGCAAAAAAACAAUAUACCAAUUUAAUUUUCGAGUGAUUGGCUUGAACAAGUCGAUUAAAUCUUAAGAAUCUGAUUGAAAUUAACUAAGAAGGACAUUUUAUUAGUUAUCAAGUGGAAUCUUUUAUUGCUUUUCUGGCAAAAUGAUAAACAAAUAGUUAAUCGAUAUUCGUUAAGAUUUGAAUCUAAAAAAAUACGUACAAUGUAUAUUUUGUUACUUUUCUACUAUUUAUUUCAAUACUAUUAUUAUGAGAUAAGAAAAUUUAUUUUCUAAAAUGCACUCAUGCUCAUGCAACUGUGUA